UUUCAAUCGAAUGUCAUUUGUCAAUCUUGUCAUGUAACUAAUUUCAAAUAUCACCUUCUUAUUUCUGUUUUGAUCCUAAUCACAAGAUUUUCCACAAUUUCAAAUAUUUUUCUCAAAAUAAUGGCAGUACCGAGUAAAUUCAAUAAUUCCAUCACAUGUUUUCUAGUGCUGAGUUGUAUUGGGCUUCUAUGCUACGUUAGCGAUAUAUCGGCCCAAGAAGAUGUCGAGGUGCCCAUCUCAAAGCUCAGCCAAAAUGUUGGGGCGCCAACAUUGAAAUUCUUCUAUUGUUAUUCAUGUGGCUACAGGAAAAUGUUUGACCAAUACUACCAGCUCAUAAACCAAAAAUACCCCUUCAUUAUGAUAGAUGGAGCCAACUAUGAACCAGCAGCCUUCUAUUCACUAUUGGUUCGAAUAAUCGGUACCCUCAAAAUGGCACUAAUAGUUUGCAUCUUGGGCGGAGUCAACAUUUUCGACUACAUCAACAAGCCCCAACCCAGCUGGUGGAGGUGGUGUCUAGAAAACAAGAUCUACGCUUGCAUGAUGCUGUUUUUCCUGUGCAACGUCAUUGAAGGCCAACUGAUAUCGUCGGGGGCCUUUGAAAUUACACUCAAUGGUGUUCCAAUAUGGUCCAAAUUGGAAAGCGGUAGAAUACCACAACCGGCUGAACUUUUUCAAAUUAUUGACAGCCACAUGCAGUUUACCGAUACAAAAUUGGAACUGAACGGGUUUGCCAAAUAAGGACUGAAGAAUUUUUGAUCAUUUAUAUUGUUUUGUGAUAUUCUUGUGUAUAUGUUAGUAAGUUUUUAUGAUUGAUGGUAACUGAAGAGCCUCUACAGAUUCAAAUGGAUCUUCUAAAAUAACUCGAAGAAAACGCCUAUUGACGAUUUAUUAUCAAUACUUAUUCAUGGUUAUCACUUGAUGAGUUUUUAAUACAAAAAUCCAUCUUUAUAUGUUGUAGUUUUUUUUUUGUUCUAUUUUCGUUGUGAAGAAUUUCUUAUAAAACUUUAUACAAAUUAUAGUUAAACAUGAUGUACAUAAUAAAUUGAUAUUUAUAAAAAUG